AUAAUCUAGUGGACGGAACGCUUCUUUCAACAGCAGCAACAGUUAGUCAGACACCUCGGUAGCUUGCUAGACAAAAUAGACGAACCAAUAAAGAUCUUUAGACGCAUUAGUGUUUAUUAGCCACUGGGUUUUAAACACACUUCUGUCGUCUUGUUAGUUAUCCCAUUUACGGCCUUGUUAUUAUUGGUCUUCUAGCUGGCUGGUUAAGUUAGCAUUAGCAUAGCUAGCUAACAUCUCCGACCAUGAGUUCACUAAACUACUCUCCUCCUGAUAAAGAAGAGGAGGUCUGCUGGACGGAGGAAGAGGGUCUCAUGAAAGAGGAAGAGGAGGCUGUUACAAUACAAAAACAAGUAGAGGGUGAGGCUGUUACCGUGAAAGAAGAAGAGAAAUACGUUUCAGUGAAAGAAGAGGAAGACGCGUUCAGAGUGAAAGAGGAGGAGGAGGAGAUGACUGUCACGUCGAAAAAGGAGGAGGCAGAAGAGGAGGAAACUGAAUAUCUGGGCCCGGUUUCCCAAACGCAUCUUAAGGCAUCCAAUGGUUCUAAUGAUGAACAUAGCAGUAUGAUGGUUUUGAGAAACCGUUCCCUGAUUAACACUAGAGAGAGACGUGACCAUCGUGGAUCCACUGGGGAGCCUCAACAACAUCAUGAAGCUGACGAGGCAGACAAGAAUCUCUCCACAUCAGAACAUCUCAAGCGGAAACCCACAGGGAAGAAAUCUCUCCACUGCUCUGACCGUGGGAAGAGUUACUCAAUAUCAGGUUCACUGAAAGUGCACCAGAGAUUUCACACAGAAGAGACAUCUCACUGCUGCUCUGACUGUUGGAAGAGAACCUCUUCAGCAGAGCUCAAAAGACAUCAGAGAAUCCAUACAGGAGAGAAACGUAAUAGCUGUGAUCAAUGUGGAAAGAGUUUUAAUGUUCCAAGCAGCCUGAAAACACACCAGAGAACACACACAGGGGAGAAACCUUACAGCUGCGCUGACUGUGGGAAGACCUUUUCAAAACUAUAUACAUUACAAUCACACCAGAGAAUUCACACUGGAGAGAAACCCCAUCGCUGUGAUCAAUGUGGGAAGAGUUUUACAACAUCUAGUCAUCUGACUAUUCACCAGAGAACACACACAGGAGAGAAACCUUAUAGCUGUGAUCAAUGUGGGAAGACAUUUUCCAAAUUAUAUACAUUACAAUCACACCAGAGAAUUCACACUGGAGAGAAACCUCAUAGCUGUGAUCAAUGUGGGAAGAGUUUUACUACAUCUAGCAAUCUGACUAUUCACCAGAGAACACACACAGGAGAGAAACCACAUGGCUGUGAUCAAUGUGGGAAGAGUUUUACUACAUCUAGCAUUCUGACUAUUCACCAGAGAACACACACAGGAGAGAAACCUUAUAGCUGUAAUCAAUGUGGGAAGAGUUUUGUUACAUCCAGCAAUCUGACUAUUCACCAGAGAACACACACAGGAGAGAAACCAUAUAGUUGUAAUCAAUGUGGAAAGUGUUUUGCUCAUGCAGGCAACCUGGUAGCACACCUGAGAAUACACACUGGAGAGAAACCUUAUAGCUGUGAUCAAUGUGGGAAGAGUUUCACUUCAUCUAGCCAUCUGACUACACACCUGAGAACACACAGGAGAGAAACCUCAUAGCUGUAGUCAAUGUUGGAAGAGAUACUCUGAUAAAAGAUCUGUGAUUUAAACAUCAGAAAAUACAUUUAUGAAGG